AUGGGAGCUGCGAGUGAAACAAAACCCAGUCGGCAGCCUCGAUUGGGGCCCGCAUCGGUCCGCAACCCACCGGUCAACCGGGCACAAGAAUCCUCAGGUGCGACCGACCGGUUGGGGGUCCGACAGGAUUCUGUUGUUUUUAACGAAGCUGUGCGGACUUCCGUGCCGCGACGGAAGAACAGACUGCGGCCUGAGGCUGUGGGUCUGGUCACGCCACUGCGUGCCGUGAAAGCUGAGUCACGACCUGUGGAAGAGUCACGGUCUGUGGAACAAACCCGUGGAUGCAUUAAACCUUUCACCGUCUGCCAGGCGACGGAUGUCCCCGUAAUUCGUGUCUCCCGAAAAGGCACCAAAAAUCGGACAACCAGUUACCAGUGGUCGGACUCCGACUCCGGACGUGACGGUGGAUAUGCUUCAGAUGUACAGCCGCCGCGAGCGUCCUGGCAGAGGCCUGACCACAUUCGGAACACGUCACGGAAAGCCAGACGGGACCAGACGCCCCGGCAGACAUCAGAACAGGCGGUACGACCGGACGCAGAGCCACGGGAGGGACCAAUGGAUAUUCGGGAGGAGGCAAAGCAUAUUCGGCAAUCGCGGGAUUCGCAAGAACGCGAGUCGCAACAGGGUUACGUCCGUAGUUACGUGUCAGACGCACACAUCUCCGACGCACACAUCUCAGAUGCACUUGGCACUAACGACCGACCAACUUACGUCCGUAGCUACACCCAGGACCGUGCAAACAAUCAGCACCAUGCCCAAGCCCGUACCCAAGAGGUUACCAACAAGCAGGAACGUGGCUACGUCCCUAGUCCCAUCCGUAAUCACGUGCCGGACCAUGACGACCGCAAACCUGAUUACCUUCGGGAGGCCUUUGUAAAUUCUUUCGGUUCGAAAUGCGUAGAGAACGCGGAAUGGGCGUACUGCGGAUUCUUGCGGUAUGUUUUGCCGGCCCACAUGCAGUACCAGAUGAUGUGGUCGUUGUGGCAACGGCCGCCGAGUUGGUUGGCCGGGUUAGCAGGCGAGAACCGUGCGGUGGCGCAGGCGUUGCUGGCGGGGAGCCGGUUGGUCGUCUUGGCAAUGGGUCUCGCCUUCUUCCUGGUAUGUGUCCGGGCCCUUUUGGGGUGGCAUCAAAAUAAAGUCGGCGAGUCGGGGCGCUGGCGUCGAACCCGGGUGUUGUAG